AUGGAAGGACAGCCAGAUGUAGAGCAGAGAAAUCGAGACCAGAUGGACUGUGAAAGGGAACCUGAAGAGGAAGAGUGGAAGAGCUGGCAAAGAGGAGAGGUUAGGAACAUGCUGCACAUCGUGUCUGCGGCUGCCCAGUGGAUAUUACUGCUUGCCUGCUUGAUUUACCUUGGUAUAAAUUCUCUGCAACCCUCAACGCCUCGGAGCAGCAGAGUGCUGUGGACCCACAUCCGGUACACAGGUGAAAGCAUUGAACAAGUAGCCGUGAAUCUCACUGCUGAAGUAGGCUCUAUUCAGAUCAGGAAUGGUUCCAUCAUGAUCGCCUCUGAUGGCCUCUACCUAGUGUCCUUGAAGGGUAGUGUCCUUUUCAAUGACCCGGAUGCACUGAAGCUGACACUGCAGAAGACGGACAACAAGACCAGCAAAGUCCUCUGGGAGCAAACUGUUCAGGAUAGCGGCGAUGCAGUAAACUUCACCACAGUGCUCUACUUGUUUACUCAAGAUAACAUCACCCUGUGGACCAGCUCCAAUGCCACCAUUGCGGAUUUGUCCUUUAGCCUUGUGUUACUAAGUCCCCUUCAUUUGCUCGCUGUAGAAGAUGGCGUAUGA